UUUUAUCAUUGGCUUUAUUUUGUUUUUGUUUAACUAACGGUAAUUAACGUUGAAGUAUUUUUCGCUAAAUUAGUAUGUCACUGAAGUCAUAAAACGUUAUGUAGAGGUUGACGUUUACAGCUACAAUCUUAUUGUUUUAUAUUGUUGUAUUUUAUAUAUUAUAAAUAUUUUGAAAAUCUAAAUUUAUUAAUUACAAAUAUCUUCCUAUUUUAUUGAUAAAAAGAAAAAUAAUUUUGAAUUGGUAUUAUAUAUAAUACUAAGUACUUAAGUAAAAUGGAAAUAGUGGAGACAAAGAAGCAAUUUCGAUUACCAUGUCAAAAACCAGUGAAGUGUCCCUGUAACCUUAAAUGCGCAAGGAAAUAUGUGCAACCAUCUCGAGCAAAGUCAUUUGCUCCUAUGAGGAUGUACAAACCUCCUUCGAAAUUAUUUGAAAGUAAUACCACAUAUCACUUAUCAUAUUUAAAUGUGGAUCAUUCAGAAAUGCGACGAAGUCGAUCCCAACCCAUCCGACCCAAACCUACUCUCACUAAAUCUGAUGCUCGAUUUCUUGGUGAAACAACUAAUCAAUUAAGUUACAAAUAUAUUGGAAGCAUUCCUAAAACAAAACCAAUUAUACCUAAGCAAAGGUCGAUGAUCGUAUCUGGUCCAAUGGAAUCUGUUACCACGGUUCGUCAAGAUUAUUCACAUAAAUAUAUGGAGAAGCCAGAAAUCAUAAUACCUUGUGGGAAUAUUCGCUUGAGUUCCGGCAAACUAGAUGCCAAUACUACAGCGAAACUUUCUUAUGCGGAUCCAGGUUGUAUGGAACCAACGAUUAAUUUCAAACCCAUAGUGGUUUAUUGUCCACCCAGUGAACCGAUUCUUCAUGACACUACGCAAAAGUUGAGUUAUCAGCCUGUUCACAUUGGAGAAAAGGAUACAUACUCCUGGCAGCAGAAACCAAUUUACAAGCCUCCAGAUGUUGCUAUGUAUGCAAAAACAACAUAUACCGAAAGUUUUUUAAAAAAUGAGAAAAAAUGUAUGGAAAAACCUAUAAGGCCAUGUGCUGCUAAUGUCUUUCCUAGCGGUGGUGAAUUUUAUGGAAAUACUAUUUAUAAUCAAAGUUAUUUGCAAUCGACCAUUGUUGAACGCAUGGAACCUAUUAUUCCUUGCAAUGCUAUCUCGAAACCUGAUGGCAAAAUAUCGACAGAUACAACAAACAAAUUAAGUUACCAACCGGUUUAUAGCGAAAAACGUUUGCCAAUAUUUCCUCGCACCAGAAAUAUGAUAGGCGAUGGCCCGAUACAAUCUGAGACUACCAACCGCUGCGACUUUGUUAAAAAAAUGACAUUACGACCGGAUCUUAUUAUUCCAUGUGAUAAUCUUCGAAAUCCAGAUACACCGAUCGAUGAUAGAACUACAACAAAAUUAUCUUACACGAAACCCGAUCCAAUAGAAUGGAUUCAAAGUUUCAAACCUGUCGUUCAAUAUCAGAGAUCUGAAAAAAUUGAAUAUGAUACUAUAAAUAAACUGUCAUAUCAGCCUUGGACUCCAAUUCCUAAGGAACAUAUACCAUGGACAUUUAAAGAUAAAUAUCAACCGCCUACAAAUCCUAUGUGUGCUGAUACUAUUUAUCAAGUUAGUUAUCCUGCACCUGGAUAUUACGAAGAUACUUGCGAGCCUAAAGAUUGUGAAUGUUUGGAUUCCAAAUGUGACAAUUCCUGAAAUUGUAACUGAAUUGCAAAUAAAAAUGGAUUUUUGAAUAUUUAAUUUCUUGAA